AUGUCGUCCGACGCGCCCCAGCCGAUCCAGAGCCCCAAGGCCGCCGUCGACUCCCUCGCCGCCAUCCUCGGCAACGCUCUCCCAGACUCUCUCGCUGGGGCCGACGAUCCCGCAUCCGCACUCCUCCACGACGACGCUGUCUCCCGCGCCGUCACGGGGCGCCUCCGCGGCGCCGGCUCGGGCGCAGGCCACGACGCGAUCUGCGGCUGGCUCUACGGCGCCUUCCAGUCCGGCAUCCCGGCGCUCCAGCUCGCGGUGCUGCGCUUCGUGCCGACGCUCGCGGGCGUGUACAUGUCCCGCGCCGUCUCACGAAAACCCCUCGCCGGGUUCGAGGCCGUGAUCCUCUCGCUGUACGCGCACGCCGUGGUGCAGCGGGGCGCCGGGGAGGCCGAGACCGUCGCGCUGCCCAACAUGGCCAACCCCAGCGUGUACCACGAGGCGGUCAAGCCGGCCGCGGCUACCGCGGCCGCGGCCAAGCCGGCCAAGCCCGCCGACCCCGACCCCGACGUCGUCGCCGAGCUCUCCCCCGCGCUGGAGCCGCACGGCACAAUGCGCGCCAUGCGCCGCGCCCGCAUCGUCGGCGCCGUGCUGGAGCUCUACUACGGCAGGCUCGCGCUCAUGCCGCUCUCCUCCAAGAUGGACUUCUGCGAGUUCUGCGUCGCGUGGUCGGGGAAGCACGGCGGCAACGACAAGCCCCGCGUCGCGUCAGCGGCCGCGCGAUCCCCCGACGGCGGCGAGGAGAAGUGGCGGAGGGUGCCGCUGCCGUGGGAGCUGUUCCAGCCUGCGCUGCGGGUCGUCGGGCACUGCCUGCUGGGCCCCGCCAACUCCGACGAGCUGAGGGCGCAGGCCGCCCGGGCGGCGCAGUGCCUCUACCUCAGGGCCAUGGAGACCAUGGACGCCCGCGCGGUGCUGGCCUGCAGGAGCCUCAUCAGGCUGUCGCAGAUGGUGGAGGAGCCCAUCCCGGAGCCGUCAUUCAACGCCAUCGAGGCCAACAUGGCAGAGCUGGAGGCCAUGAGGGCUAACAUCCUUAGCGGGAAGAACUAA